CAACACUCCAUGACACUACUGAUUCCAACCCAUCAACACCCAAUCACCAAACCAUGACUAAAAUCCUAAGAAGGUCCCUUUCUGGGUUCUCUCUCCUUCUCCUCCUCCUCCUCCUCGUCACACUCAUCGAAUUGUCAUCUGGGUUCGGAUCGAUGGGCCCCAUCUCUGCCGCAUUCGGCGUCGACGCCUUCUUCUGCGCCAUUGACGCCAGCGGCAAGCAAGCCGUGAUCUGCUGGGGCAAGAACACCACAACCACCUCCGCUGCAUCCUCUUCUUCUUGGUCUUCAAACCCAUCUCUCUAUUCCUCCCAAAUCCCUCCCAUAGCAGCUCUCUCCGGCGGCUAUGGCUUUCUAUGCGGCAUUUUAGCAAACACUUCACAUGCAUUUUGCUGGAACUCAAACGGUUCGAGCUCCGAUCUCGUACCUUCGAUCUUCCAAUCCACCUCUUAUUCUCAUAUCUACGCAGGUAAAAA